GAUCCAAACCUCCCAAACCGGCAAUUCCUUCCUCUUUUAAACUUCCGGCACAGUUCGCCACCGCCAGAAACUUUGAUCCACUCCUGAACUUAUCAGAAAGCGAUUCGCAGAAUCAACCAAGAAGCAGCAGCAGAACAACAACAAUGGAAGUCGACGACGUUCCUCUGGACGAUAAGGCCAAGAGAAUGAGGGAUCUGCUCUCCAGCUUCUACGCUCCAGAUCCUUCGGCGUCGGCGCCGUCGUUCCCAGCCACACACGCCUCUCUCGACGCCAUCAACUCCGCUUCCUUCGAUCCCGAUCAGUACAUGAAUCUCCUGGUUCAAAAGUCGAGCUUGGAAGGCCUUCUUCAGAGGCACGUUGAAAUGGCAGCCGAGAUAAAGAAUCUUGACACUGACUUGCAGAUGCUAGUUUAUGAAAACUAUAACAAGUUUAUCAGUGCUACAGACACAAUUAAAAGGAUGAAAAGUAAGAUUGUGGGCAUGGAAACAAAUAUGGAACAACUCCUUGAUAAGAUAAUGUCUGUGCAAUCUAGAAGUGAUCACGUCAACACUUCUUUGUUCGAAAAGAGAGAGCAUGUAGAAAAACUUCAUCGCACAUGCAACCUUCUCCGUAAAGUUCAGUUCAUAUACGAUCUACCGGCUAGACUGGGAAAGUGUAUCAAAUCAGAGGCUUAUGCUGACGCAGUCCGGUUCUAUACCGGAGCAAUGCCAAUUUUUAAGGCAUAUGGAGACUCGUCUUUCCAGGAUUGUAAGAGGGCAUCAGAGGAAGCGAUAGCCAUAAUUACAAAGAACCUGCAGGGGAAGCUAUUCUCAGACUCUGAAUCCAUACAAGCAAGAGCUGAGGCUGCAGUGCUUCUUAAGCAGCUGGAUUUCCCGGUGGACAGCCUACGGGCAAAGCUACUUGAAAAGCUAGAACAGUCCCUCGUGGACCUUCAACUUAAUGUGGAAGAUAUAUCUUCUGCUUCAGUGGAUUCCAGUGAUCCUUCUGAACAAAGAAAUGCAUCGAUGCCAAUUCCAUCUAACGCCCAUGAAGCUUCUGUUCGUGAGUUUGCAGAGGCUAUCUGUGCUUACCGAGUAAUAUUUCCUGAUUCAGACGAGCAACUUACUCAACUUGCACGAGACUUGGUUUCCAAGCUUUUUGAAACCACUGAGCAGUAUGUAAAGAAUCGGAUUUCUUCAGCAGAUCUAUUGCAUGUUCUUGGAAUCAUAUGGACAGAUGUACUACUGAUGGAUGGUGUGGUUCAUGAGGCUGUUCUCCGAGAUCAUUGUCUGGAGGCUGCUCGGAUGGUUGUUAAACAGUAUGUUGCAAAUACAUUUUCUCAUCUUCUACAUGAUAUCUCAGAUGCUCUCACCAAAGCCCAUAUUGAACAAAAGGACGGAGUGGAAAAGGAUUCUUUGCAAGUUGCUUUGGAAGCCAGCAAAAAGAGAGUGCUUCAAGGCAGUAUGGAUGUGUUACUGGAUUUCCGCCAACUUCUAGAUGACAACUUAGAGCUACUAGCAAAAAUCAAAGACUGGAUAAUUGAUUGGGUUCAGGGAGGAUUUCAAGACUUCUUCAGGGAGCUUGAUAAUCAUUUCAUCUUGCUUUCAGGGAGAAACAAUUCAUCCAGUCAUGACCAAGUUUUGGCUGGCCUUGUCCUGGUGUUGGCCCAACUUUCUCUUUUCAUUGAACAGACAGCUAUUCCAAGAAUCACUGAGGAAAUAGCUGCUUCCUUUUCUGGUGGUGGGAUAAGAGGCUCUGAAUAUGGACCUGCCUUUGUUCCUGGAGAAAUUUGUCGAAUUUUUCGCUCUGCCGGUGAAAAGUUUCUGCAUCUUUAUAUCAAUAUCAGAACUCAGAGGGUAUCGGUUCUCCUGAAGAAGAGGUUUACAGUACUGAAUUGGGUCAAGCACAAGGAGCCCAGAGAAGUUCACAUGUUUGUUGAUUUAUUUCUUCACGAGUUGGAAGCUAUAGGAAAUGAAGUAAAGCAGAUUUUGCCGCAAGGGGUACGUAGGCAUCGUCGGACAGACAGCAAUGGAAGCACCACCUCAUCACGGAGCAAUCCCUUGCGAGAGGAAAAAUUAAAUCGAUCAAAUACACAAAGGGCUAGGAGCCAGCUUCUCGAGACCCAUCUGGCAAAAUUAUUUAAGCAAAAAGUUGAAAUUUUUACGAAAGUUGAAUUUAAUCAGGAAUCAGUUGUAACGAUGGUAGUAAAGCUCUGCCUCAAGAGCCUGCAAGAAUUUGUUCGUCUGCAAACCUUCAAUCGAAGUGGAUUCCAGCAAAUACAAUUGGAUAUUCAGUUUUUAAGGACUCCUUUAAGGGAAACUGUCGAAGAUGAAGCUGCCAUUGACUUUUUGCUAGAUGAGGUAAUUGUUGCUGCUUCAGAACGUUGUCUUGACCCAAUACCUUUAGAGCCCCCCAUCUUGGACAAACUUAUCCAGGCUAAGUUGGCAAAGACCAAUGAACAGAACACAAUCUCUCAAUAACAUCAUGAAAGGUUUGAUGUCUUCAAACAAAAGCGGUUUUCCUGGUUUAGGUUUGAUGUCUUCAAACUGUCUGACCACUUUCACUUUAGCAGGCUGCUAAAUGCAAUCCGUCCGGUAAAUGAUUCUGGCCUGCAGUGCCAGUGGGAGCGCCAGAGGUGGUCGUCAUUCACUGAUAUCCUCCGGGAGUUAAUGAAGUGUCUCUUCAAUUUGAAAGAUUCUCAACUGUUUCUAACUCCAUCGGCCCCAUGAGUUGCAUCGUACAAUAUGAUAAAUUAUCUUCCAACUCUUAUUUGACGCGUGAAAAUUCGUAUACAUGUGCACCACCUUUUGAGGCCAAUGGCUUUUAAAUCAUAUCUUGAUCAGAUUUUUGUGAAGAUGUUAUUGAUUCGUAUGUAGGGGAGAGUUCUUUUUUAUUUU